AUGUUCUCUAUCUCAUUCAUCGUCCCUAAAUCCACUAUUCCAAUUUAACCUACGUUCUCCCUACUUCAUGAUUUCCUUCCUCCUCUCCUCAAAAGUUCUCAGAAUGAUAUAUAGGAUUUUGAUCGUUUGUCCUCUCAACUGCCCUAUAAAAAAUAGCGAACCAAAGAAAUAUCAUUAAUAUUAUCUCAAUAACAAUAUCCCCACUCAAAUAGCUACAAAGAAAAGAAAAUAAACCAAUUACAAUAUAAUAUUAUUUCAUUUUAUAUAAUUUCUCAUAUUUUUAUAUUUCAUAAUUAACAAUUAUAAUCACAACUUCAUUUCGCUCUUUUUCUAUUUCCCCGAUCUCCACAAUCAUUCCUAACCAACAAUUCAAAUACCCAUAAUUAAACUUAAUAUUUAGCUUUUCGCAAUAUAUCAUUUAAUCAGUACAAUGUCUAAUCUAAUUUAUCUAUUGGUAUCUUAAUAAUUUUAGAUUAUUGCAAAAAGGGUUUUUUAGUCUUUCUCUCGAAAAGGACUUCUUCUGAUGUUAGACCAGGUGCAUUUGAAAAUAAUUGCAAGGCUGUUGUAUCAUUAUAAGAGUUUGUGAUUUAGAGUAUUAACUUGAGAAUUAGGAUUUUAUUUGAUAAAUUAAUGUCCCAAUAGAGAAGAAGAGAAUAGUUAGAAAAAAUAUCCCAUUCUUAGAAGGAAGAACAGGAUCGGAAUAGGAGAGAAGAAUUGGAAAAGGAAUUUUUGAAAUGCUAAAAGAGAGGUCAAAUGCACACGAAUUCAAUGAUGAAUUGGAUUAACAAGCAUCAAAAUAAAGCAGAUCCGAAGGCCAAGGAAAUGUAUCGCUAUUUGCCUGAAGAAAGAGUAUAUUAAUUUAAAUGAACCAUCAGCGUAAACACAUUGAGCUAACCCUGCUGUUUGAGAAGUUUGACAAUGAUGGUUCCAAGGCACUAGACUUUAUUGAAGUAUUCAGGAUGUUUACUAAGUAAUUGCGAAUAACCAUUUUAGAUAUGGGAUAUUCAUUACGAAAAAGGAAUUGCUUGAUUUCUUUAAGGUAGUCGAUCAAAAUAAGGAUUUCUCCUUAAACCUUCAGGAAUUCAAAGCGUGUUAUUUGGACUCGGCUGCGAGAGACAUUUUUGCCAAGAUUAUGAAACAAUUGAUAGAGAGAACCUAAUUGACUGAAGAGGAAAUCAAUGCAGCCUUAAAUUAAAUGAAUGAAUUGAACAGUCAGAAUAGCAACAACUAAAGCUAGAAUCCCAUUCCUGCCCUUCCCAAGUCCUUUCAGGGAGUGAUCAGUCUGCUGACUUAUUUGAACACCAGGGAUGAGAUUAAAGAUAAGUUGACCUCAAAAUCAGUAAACAUAUACGAACAAAUCAACAAUCUGAAAUAACUUAUUGAAUUGAGUAAUAAAAUUGAUGUUGUUUAGAAGGUUGAGAUUGAGAAAAAGAUUAAGAUCAAGAAAUCUUCGGAGGAUAGAUUAAAUAAAUUUAAGAAUUAGUUAAAGUAAAUUAAAGAUAGAGCUAUUCAGACUGGAUAAAUGAUGGCUGAAGAGGAAUUGAGACAAAAAAACUCUGCAUUUUUGAUAACUGUCUAACCAUAACGCAAAUACAAAUAUAAUUACAAAAGUGAAAACAAAUUCAAAAAAAUUAUACCCAAUAAAUAAGAGGAGUUACACUUGCCUCGCUACUCGGAUUAAAAGGUAAAUCAGUUUUAUGAAUAUAUGAAUAUUAAUAUUCCCGAUUAGUUGAAGAAUAUUAAUAAUAGAAUAUGGACAAAACUAUUCGAAAAUAAUCAAUAAUUGGAUAUAAUACUUUAAAAGAACAGGAAAAAUCAACUGGAAUCUUAAAGAACUGAUAGGUUAAAGCAGAAGAUCAAAUAAACAUUAGACAAUUUACAAGCUAAUUUUGAAACUGAUUUCGAUAGUGAAGCAAAUAGAAAGCCCACUUUAGAAUCUCCACAAGAAAAACAAUCUACUCAAUUUCCUAAUUUCUUUACCUCCAGAAAUUUAAUGUCACAAACAUCAGACGAUUUUAGAACUGCAAAAACAUAGAGAAUGCCACCUGGAUCCUCAAAGUUAUCUUUUCAUUGA